UUGGUGAUCAUUUGUAUCUAAAGGCGUUUGGUGAUCAAAAGUAUCUUUUUUUGGUGAUCAAGACAAUUGACACCCUUUAUUCUUCUUUUCCAAUAAACAAGUCUUCGCGGCAAGAAAUGUUUUGGUGACUUUUAGUAUUUAUAUUUUUUUGAAGAAAUCAUGGUGUUUGUACGUCCUUGAACAACAUUUAGCAGUCAACCACGUUAAACCAAUUUUUCUAUCGAAUAUGAACAAAGUUUCUAUUGUGCAUUUUCAAAAAAAUAGUCUUAUUUAUUUGAUUGAUAACACAGACGUAAAUUUGAGUGAAAAAAAUAUUAUCAAAUAUUAAUAUAAAUUACAAAAUCAACAUCGAAAUCCAUUCAUGUCCAAUUAUUUGAUUUAUUGACCUUGACAAAACCAUCUUCUGUCAAACUCUCGAGUAACUUUUCAUAAAAGUGAAUUGUUUCAACGAAUUUAAUCGUAAAAAUACAUCAAGAGAUCUUUUAUGACUUAAGUUUUUUUAUGGAAGAUUUUACGACAAGUUUAUUAGCAUUUCUUCAAACGAAACUCAUUUCUACUUAUUGUUGCUUAUAAUAAAGAUUAGAGUUGUCGUUUUAAAGGUAGCAAGAAUAAGGGUAACGAAAAGAAUUGCAUAAUUUCAUCUAAUAUUUAAAAGACGACAGUAGUUUUUCGAAUGGCAUGGAAUUCUGUUGAAAAAUGUAAACGAUGUUCUAAAACUGUGUAUAUAGCAGAAAAGGUUAGAGCUGCUGGUCAAUCAUGGCAUAUACUUUGCUUUAAAUGCGGUGAGUACGGAUUAAUAGAUUGUCAAAUCCCAGUAUCAACUAACAUUUUUGAUUUAGGUUUGUGUAAUAAACAUUUAGAUUUGAAAACAAUGACUGAGCACAAUGAAGAUGUUCUUUGUAAAAAGUGUUACGAGCAAUAUCUUGAUUCAAUAGAACAAACAAUAUCAGCAACACAAAUUUCAACUGAAAUUUAUAAUUUUGACAAGAUAUUACCAAGAAUAUUAGAACAAGACGAAAGACGAGAACGAAAUCUGUAA